AUGGAAAGGCUUCUGCAACCAUCUUCUUCUUCCUCAUUUUCUCCUUCCAAAUUCCCUUCAAAGACCUAUCCUUUCCUUCCUCGUCUCCGCUCAUCGAGUCUAUCCUUCGCUUCCUCGUACCGGCCCGAGUCACGCCGAGUCAGCUCAGUUUCCUGCAACAAUUUCCAGAACCCAUCGUCUAACAAUUCCUUCAAUGGGUCUAAUCAGACUAACAAUUCCUUCAAUGGGCCUCCUUCUUCGUCUCUCAAAUCUGAGGAAUCGAAACCUAAUCCCGGAUUUCUCCAACGGAUCGUGACCACCGCGUCUGAGCAGCGAAAGACAUUAUCGACUGGAACGGUCGUACUAAUCUCCGCAGUAGCUGCGCUGUUGCUUAACCCGCUUCUUGCACCUCCUGCUUUUGCUAGCUUUCAAACCGCAGCUAAAUCCGGUUGGCUAACUAGUGCCUGGACUGGUUUCCUUGCUGGUUGCUUACACACGCUCUCAGGACCUGAUCACCUCGCUGCUUUAGCUCCGCUUUCAAUCGGACGCACCAGAAUGGAAAGUGCUGCUGUUGGAGCUCUUUGGGGAUGCGGACACGACGCUGGUCAAGUCAUCUUCGGUUUACUGUUUCUCCUGCUUAAAGACCGGCUCCACAUCGAAGUGUUACAAACUUGGGGUACAAGAAUUGUGGGGUUAACACUCGUUCUCAUCGGUGCUAUGGGAAUCAAAGAAGCUUCGGAGAUUCCAGAACCUUGUGUCGCCUUAGAAACCGACAUCAGCAGCAUGGUACCAGCAGAGAAGGAAGCCUUACCGCCUCCCAAAAAGAAGAAAAUCGGGUUUGCUACAUUUGCAACCGGAGUAGUACACGGGUUACAACCGGAUGCUCUGAUGAUUGUUUUGCCUGCAUUAGCCCUGCCAUCUCGAUUAGCGGGGUCUGCGUUUCUGAUAAUGUUUUUGGUUGGGACGGUUAUCGCGAUGGGAAGUUACACGGCGUUUAUCGGGUCUUGUAGCGAGGCGUUGAAAGAGAAGGUUCCAAGGAUCACAGAGAAACUAACUUGGAUUUCGUCUCUUGUGGCAAUUGGUCUUGGAUUGGGAAUUGUUAUCAGCCCUUUCUUUGGUUUUAGCCUCUACUGA